CCCUGUAAAUUCAAAGCGACCACAACAACUGUUUAUAUAUAKAGAUAUCUUUGCAGAGUUAGAUUACCAGCUARCAUGUCUCUGUCUUGAAAWMYUUGCAACUUCAACCAMSAGAAUUGURUAUAGCUAUCUUAGGAAUGGCUACAAUUACAGACGGAACAAGAAGAAGAGCGAAAGACGCCGAUUCCCCGCCGGCCGUUCUCACUACUGAAGGUUCAAAGGACCAGGACCAGAUGGAAAAAGACAUGUCAACAGAAACCAAACCUAAACCAGAGGAACCAGUGCCACCAAAAGAACAAGAACUUCCUGGAGUACUGACCAACUUACAGCCAAAAUGGMGGAACUGGUGGAUCAGAGGAAUCUUUACUUUAGUCAUGAUUGGUGGAUUUGUUGUGGUUUUGUACAUAGGGCCUCUAGAAUUUUCUAUUUUAUCCUUCCUUCCUUCCAUCCAUUCAUCUACCUUUUCCUUUCAUUCUUUCCUAUUUCAGCUUUCUCCCAAGAAAACAUGGGAAGGUUUCAUUGGAGGAGGGUUUGCUACUGUAAUAUUUGGCUGGUUGGCUUGUUAUUUCAUGUCUCAAUACCAGUAUUUUGUGUGCCCAGUAGAGUAYGCCAAGGGCUCUCCUUUCUUGUUUACAAUGAGAUGYSAACCCCCUCCCCUGUAUGUCCAAACUGCCUACAAUAUACCUGCACCUUUCAAGUAUCUUUUGAAUUUGGGUGGAUCUCAAAACAGUGUUAUCUGGAUGUACCCAAUGCAGCUUCACUCUAUUUCAUUAGCUCUUUUUAGUUCUAUUAUCGCUCCCUUUGGUGGGUUCUUUGCCAGUGGUUUUAAGAGAGCCUUCAAAGUCAAGGACUUUGGUGACACUAUUCCUGGUCAUGGAGGUAUCAUGGAUAGGUUUGAUUGUCAGUUCAUMAUGGCUACAUUUGUGCAUGUCUACCAUUUUACGUUUAUCAGAGCACCACAACCACAAAAGAUCCUUCAGCAAAUCCUGUCCCUCAAACCAGAGCAACAAGUCGUAGUAUACAAGAAGCUCAAAGAUGCUCUAAUGGGAAGAGGUCUUAUCUAGAUUGCCUGAAGAUUAAAGAUCUUAAAACUUAUCUGUAUCUGGAACCAAGAUACUUAAUGAAAACUAUGAUUACUGGUCCGAGAUAACAAAAUCAUACUGGGGCAGGUUGUACUWAAGGUUGUCAUGUUAUCCACCAUURUYCAUUCCAUAAAUUUGCUGUUGAUUUUAUCAUAUAGGAUUUGGGUUUAUACAGUGGAUAUAGCAGGACUUGCCCUUCAUACAACCUGUCCCAAAACAAUAACUUAAGGAAUAUAAAUAAUCAAGAAAGGGGAUAUAUAUCAGUGAGGAAUGAUACUGUAUCUAUAUUGUACAAUAUCAAAUCAUAACUUAUAAGUAUUUAAUUCUCCUCAGGUAGAAGGUAUUAAUGUUAGUUAUUUUGUUAAGUCAGGUAUUGUCCACCCAAGAUGAUUUAGACAAGUUUAUUUGCCACUGCUGAAUUUCAAACCGAGUGGGGACUGGGCAAAAUUCUCAAAUUGGAUGAUUUCAAGUACUUUUACAGUAUAUUUAUUUCAUUUGAGACAAGUUAGGUUAUGUAUAAUUUUAGUGUAAAUUGGUUUUACUUUUAACRGUAAUUUUAGGACAAUAAAAUUCAAAUUUAAUCYCUG